CACUUAAACAUUCCAUAAUAAUGCUAGUAACGCGGUAUAUUGUAUAAUAAACUUGAAUUUUUACCAAUAGAAACGUGUGCUAUAACGACCACAUGCGUUGUACACAGAUACUUGGUCGGAGUUAACCUUUCUCGAGUUCGAAUCAAGGACGUCCAGCAAGGUUUCUUCACGUGAACCAUGCCGGAUGAGAUGCAAAGAGCUUUAAUCCGGAGCCGAGGCGACACGGGAGGAUGCAGGCCUCUGGAAGCAUGCAUGUCUGAGCCCUGCAAUAAAGUGGUGGGCAUCCUGGGCACCGGCGACUUCUCCCGCUCACUUGCCAGAAGACUUUUGGCAUCUGGUUGCCAUGUGGUAGUGGGUAGCCGAACCCCCAAACGCUUUGUUACGCUGUUUCCUGAAGAGGCAGAGGUGACCUCCCAGCUGGAGGCGGCCAGCCAGGCAGACCUCGUCUUUGUUGCCAUGUUCCCGGAGCAUCACUCCACACUGCUGGAGUUGAAGCCGGCACUGGCUGGAAAGACAUUGGUGGACGUUAGCAACGGCUUGCAUGUCAAACGAGGCGGGCCAUCCCAUGCGGAACGGCUGGCCGACAUGUUUCCUGAAAGCUAUGUCGUGAAAGGGUUUAACACAAUAUCAGCAUGGGUGCUUCAAACUGGACCUCGAGAUGGAAGCAGGCAGGUUUUCCUAUGCAGUGACAGCAGCAAUGCCAAGAGCUCAGUCAUGGUUUUGUGUCGCAGGAUGGGCUUCUGUCCUGUCGAUAUGGGGCUUCUCUCCUCUUCUGUAGAGGUUGAAAACCUCCCACUCUAUCUAUUUCCUUCUUGGGGCACCCCCAUCCUCAUUACCUUGAUCCUCUUCUUUUUCUUCUACCUGUACAACUUUGUCCAUGACGUCUUGCAUCCGUUCGUCAAAGAAGGAAAGAACGUCUUCUACAAAAUGCCCAUUGAGACGAUAAACGUCACAUUGCCCUCCGUCGCUUUGGUGAUGCUUUCACUAGUCUACAUGCCGGGCCUGUGUGCUGCUGUGCUUCAGCUAAGGUGGGGCACCAAAUACAAUCGAUUCCCCGACUGGCUUGACAAAUGGCUCAUCAAAAGGAAGCAGUUUGGGUUGUGUAGCUUCCUUUGCGCAGCCAUGCAUGCCAUCUACAGUCUUUGUCUGCCCAUGAGACAGUCUGCUCGCUACAGACUUCUCAAUGCCGCUUUCAAACAGGUGCAAGAGGGAGUGGAGAACUCGUGGAGUGACAAGGGUGUGUGGAGGAUGGAGCUGUACCUCUCAGUGGGCAUCAUGGCGCUCGGAAUGCUCUCUCUGCUGGCCAUCACCUCGCUGCCCUCAGUGGCCGACAGCAUCAACUGGCGAGAGUUCAGCUUCAUUCAAUCCACACUAGGCCAUUGCGCCCUAACCAUGGCCACCAUCCACACGCUCCUCUUCGGCUGGGACCGCGCAUUCGACCCAGCCCGAUACCACUUCUUCCUGCCACCCACCUUCGUUCUGGUCCUCAUCCUGCCUAUCACAGUUCUGCUGGGCCGCCUCACUCUCCUGCUGCCCUGCAUGGCCCACCGCCUCCGACAGAUCCGUCGCGGCCGGGAGAGGAGUCGUCACAUUCGCUUCACUCUGCCCAGCGACGGAUGCUACAACGGCCUGGAUGAUGUCAGCAAUGUUUGAUGUGCACUGGACAAAAAGUAGAGCGCUUUGAUUGUGCCAAGCUGAAAACAAAUGUGUUGCACACAGGUGGGAUGUUUUGUGUUGUAUUGGUAAUUUAGAAAGCAUCAAUCAUUUGUGUCUACAGAGACUAGUACAUCCUCAGCCAUCAUGCAUAAUGCAUUUGUAUUAACAGGUACCUUGUCUGCAGGAUUUUGACAUUGAAUUUAUUGUUUCCUGUUUGCAUUAUAGCUGCUUCCUUCUGGAUGCUUAUGUCAUCCUAACUGGGGUUAGAAUUUGCAUUUAUUUGUCUUUAAACACAAGCACAUUUAUAUUACAGAAUUUUGAUUAAAGCCUUUUCUACUCUU